UGUGCAACACGGAACUCGAUAAUUCUGCAAUGCAACUACAGUGAUUCGCUUGAUCAGGAAAUACGGCCGAAACAGCAGUGAUUUCAGACAAUAUUAGAGCGGGAACCGGAAGUCUGUAGUGAGAAAACAUCCAGUUGAAAAUGACAGUGAAAUGUGAUUUUGGAAUUGACGAUUCCGUUUUUAAAACCUGAAAUUCAGUUGAAAUGGAUAUCGUUCAAUGAUGAUUAUUCAAGGUUCCUUGAUGGACUGGGCAUACGGUGGUGUUAACACCACUGUACCAAGAAAUGCCGGUCCAGAAUGCGCAGCUUACAUGAAUCCAACAUGGAGGAAAAUUGAAAGCACGUUCAUUCUUGUAGUAGCAAUAAAACUUUUCGACUGGAGCUACAAAAGAAUCAGUAUUGAUCAAAUAGUAUAUAAGAAAAGGGAAAUGGGAAAUUUUAAAAUAGUACUCCUUAUCAUCAUGUGCGUGGUUUGGGGCAUGGAAAUAGGCUACAAAUUCUCAUCUAGGACUGUGAUAUACCUUCUAAAUCCUUGUCACGUUACUACCGCGAUUCAGAUUUAUUUACUGGCUGCAGUACCAAGUAAAUUAACCACAGCAAUUUUUCGAAUCCACAUGAAUCUUUUGAAUGGACCAUUAUUAGCUUUCCUUUUUCCAGAAACAGAUACAAGAAUUUUGCCCUUAGAGUCUGCUAUCUAUUGGAUACAGCAUGGAAUGAUGUUUGUUGUGCCUUAUUAUCUGUUGUUUCUUAGAGGUCCAUACAAUACCGAAAGCUUUUCUGAUUUCAGUUGGAAUGCAUUCAGUUAUAGCAUUAAUAUGAUAUAUCACUUUGGAAUUCUGCAAACUGUUUCAAUUCCCACCGAAGUCAAUCUCAAUCACAUGUUGUGUCCAGCGAUUUUGGAUCCAUUCGACAGUCAAUUAUAUCGGACCUGUGGUAUAAUUCACCAAGCUUUUUUAUGCCCCUUUAUGUGCAAAUUUGUGUAUGCUAGUGCUGAAUUUUGUUUAUUGAUAUUCGAGCUGAUAAAAUAUAGACAUAGAGAAGUGGCAGCUUUGGAUGAGAACAAACAAAUAUCUUCAAAAGAUAUCGAAAAAUUGGAUUAACUCGAUAUUACAUAUUGUCCAAAUGAUAGCAAGCAAUAUUUAUCAUAGUCGACAAUACCAACAAAAAUGACUCAUUAAUUUUAAGUCUCACUCAAAUAAUAUCAUGAUAUAUAGGUAUUAUUUCGAAAUUAAAUAACAUAAUUUAUACAGAUAAAUUCAAUUAGGUGUACAAUGCGUGAUUCUAAAAUUUUCUCUAGCCAAUAUAAAUUCAAUAUUUCUGAUAUUAGCUUCCUCGAAUAGGAAUUUUGCAAAAUAUUUUCAUAUUCUUAUUAUUUAUAAUAGUUAAAAAAAAAAUCUUGAAGUAAUUACAGCUUCUUAACAGAGGAACAUUCAAUGAAAAAAGGACCUAGUCAAAAUUUAAAUUUGAAUUUUUUUCAUUGAUUUUUAAGUCUUAAGCUUGACAAAUGGAACAAUCAAUCAAUUCAAACGCCAACAUCUCUUCGUUGAGCACAAUUAUUCUAAAUUAACUUGAGAGCAGUGGCAUUUGUGAAACUAAAUUCUAAAAAUAGAUGUAAAAAUUAUGAUCAUAAAGAACAAUAAGUUGUAAAUAGCAAUUUGGUAGAUGACGAAAAUCUAUACAAUGUUACGUUUUAAAAUAAAUUCUAUUAUCGAGAAA